AUCCCACUGUGCCUGAUAGUCCUUCACCAGCCGCAGCAUCAAGCAAUCACUAUACAGCUUCCUAGCUCUUUCAUCAUACUUUCCUCUCCUCAGUAGCAACUGAACUACAACUGCUCUCCAAUACAAUGGCCGCAGAGACAGAAAACACGCUCCAGAAGGUCGACUCGCUCACCGAAGAGCACAAGGAUGGCGCCGCCAAGAAGGGCCACCGCAGAGUCAGCUCUAUGGCUGCUGAUGUCUACCGCAUCGAAGACCUAGAGAAGGAGGGCAAGAAGAUUGAGAUCUCAAUCGAGACACAGAAGCUCAACUGGAAGCUCAACAAGUCACCCACAACUGUCGAGGACCCAGCUGUCUUGAAGCUGCCACUCACCGAGCCUAAGCUCAAGUCCAUUGCCCUGCACUUCCCGCUGGGCCUAGAAGUCACCGCACGGAACAUGAAGGGCGUUACCAUCAAAGACGCAUUAGACGCUAUCCACAAGCAGUUCAAGAAGCGUGCAGACGAUGAGUUCGAGAAGCCUUACCUAAUGGGCUUUGAGUGGGACCCCGAGGAGUGCUACACUCGCUUCAUUGUUCACCAGUCGGCCGUACCAACCGCGCCCAACUCGUUCGGCUCCGGUGGCAAGAAGAAGAAGAGCAAGAAGGCCGAGGGCGAGGAGGGUUCCUAAAUGAAGAACUCGCCCCCUUCCCAAACUUCGACUUCUACACACAGCCUCUGUCAUACUUCCAUGCUUCGGCAUAGGUUUGUGCGGGGUAUGGAUAUGCACUCGAGUGCUGGUCAAUCUUCGUAUCGAUAUGGGAAGAGCGAGCGCUUCUGCUGCAAUGGCAUAGCUGGCACACCACAUACUUGUACAAGUAGGUGAUCUGUUGGCCGUUGUCGUCGCCAGGUAGAUAUGCGUCGUGGAACCGUUCGCGAAGUGCUUGCUAGACACAAGGCAGCACUAGCUUAUGUAGGCUCUUAGGUAACAUUUCGGGUUGCUGGAAAGCGCCUGAGGUAAUAAGAAGAGCUGCUUAUCGUGA